AUGUUCCCAACGGGUCAAUACGAAGACACUUUCGUACGAUCAGAUCCGCAACCUUGGGACCCGACACCGCCUGCUGAACCAACGCAGACCCGUCUUAUUUUCGAAUCUAAGGGGGCUGGUUGGGAUACAUGUACUUGUGUGGGGCGAGUGGAUAGCUGUUCGCCGUACGUUCAUGCCCACGACUAUGGUGCAUAUAACCUCGGAAGGAAGAAAUUUGAAAGAGAUGAGUUCGAAUCGAAGGGAAAGGUGUGA